CGCGCACACCUUUCGUUCGAAGUUCGGUCCUCGUCCAUGUCCAGUGGUGCCGGGGUGCGUGUGCGAGUGAGCGCGUACAUACACACACGCAUAGACACAGAUACACAUAUAUAUAUGCGUGCUCGUAAAGUUUCCGCGUUCGUUUAAAAUCAGGAUGAUCGUCGCACGGUGAAUGGUGGACGGUUUUAGGGUGGCCCGUCUCUCCCUCGUUUCGUGAGCGCCAUGUCGGAACAGCACCGCGGCGCCUGGGGCGACGCGAUGUGGUGGCCCGGCGUCGUCGCCGCCCCCGAGCAGCAGCUGCAACACCAGCACCUGCUGCCGCCCCCGCAGCAGCACAUGGUGCAGCACGACGCCGCCGCCACGGUCAGCAGCGGCGGCCCGCACCAGCAGCUGUUCUCGUACAAAAUGGCCAGCAGCUUCCAGAGCCCCGCCACGACGGCGUCGACGACGCCGCGCGCCCCCAGCUACGACUAUCGGGCGGCGGGCGGCGCGCCGCCCCCCCAAACGCAGUGGUGGUACCCGCCCGCGACUAUGGACAAUGCGAUGCACGCGAUGCAACAGAAUAUGCAGCAGACGCAACAACAAAAUUUGCAACAGCAGCAGUCGCAGCAACAACAGACCAUGCCACCUGUACAGACUCCCCCUCCCCCGCAAUCAGAGGUCCAAGCGAGACAAGAAGACGCCCAGAGACAACAGCAGCAGCAGGACGCGCAGCAGAGGCACCAGGAGGCGCAGCGUCAUCAGCAGGAGGUGCACAGACAGCAGGCCGAGGCGCAGCAGGCUGCUUUACAACAGCAUCACCAAGCGAUAGCCGAAGCUCAGGCUAGGCACCAACACAUUCAGCAACAACAGCUGCAACAGCAGCAACAGUUGCAACAACAGCAACAACAACAGUUGCAGCAGCAACAGCAGCAGCAACAACAGUUGCAGCAGCAGCAACAGCAACAAUUACAGCAGCAGCAGCAACAGUUGCAACAGCAGCAGUUGCAGCAGCAGCAACAGCAACAGUUGCAAAACAACCACCAUCAACAACAGCAUCAACAGGUGACCAACGUUUUGCAGCAGAACCACAACAAAGGAAGGAUGCCGCGUGCUAAAGCUGAUGCCAGACCAAGAGGUCGCAUGACCGCUUACGCAUUCUUCGUGCAGACCUGCAGGGAAGAGCACAAGAAGAAACAUCCCGAGGAGAAUGUCGUCUUUGCAGAAUUCUCGAAAAAGUGUGCCGAGAGGUGGAAGACCAUGCUGGACAAGGAAAAGAAACGCUUCCACGAGAUGGCAGAGAACGAUAAAAAGCGUUACGACGACGAAAUGAAAAACUACACUCCUCCCAAAGGAGAGAAGCAACGGGGCAAGAAACGAAAACAAAACAAGGAUCCCAAUGCUCCGAAACGCUCGUUGUCGGCAUUCUUCUGGUUCAGCAACGACGAACGCGCGAAAGUCAAGACUCAGAAUCCCGAAUUCGGCGUUGGAGACAUCGCCAAAGAAUUGGGAAGAAGGUGGGCAGAUGCCGAACCUGAAGUCAAGAGCAAGUACGAGGCUUUGGCUGAUAAGGACAAAGCUCGUUAUGAAAAGGAAAUGACUGCAUACAAAAAGAGGAUCAAUCAGCAGCCUGCCCAACAGGCUGCAGUACCUGAGAAUGAUGAAGCAGACGAAGAAGAUGAAGAAGCUGAAGAGGAAGAAGACGAGUAAACACAUCGCUGCGGCGAUUCAUUUUUCAUUACCUCGUCAUUAAAAAAGUAAUCGCCUUCAUUCCUUAAAUGUACAUAUUGCAUAUUAGCAGUGUCCUCGUGUUCUCAUUUAUGAUUAAUAUAAUUAUUAUUAUUUUUUUUAUUACCUGCGUCUGAGAGAGUACUUACAAACUGAACUGUGUGAGUGAUUCAAUACGUGGCUAGCGAAAGUGCUCCAUUAUCUUUCUCAUCAUCGCCGUGUAAAGUGUUUUAUUGUACUAUUUGUUUGAUGCGUUGUUUCAUUACCUCAAAUAUAGUAAAAACGACGCAACAUGUUUCAAAUUCUGUCAAAGCAGCGACGAAAUUUUAAUUCUAAUUAUUUUUUGUUUUUUUUGUUUGGAACGAAGUGUGUUCUCGAUUUGUAUAAUUUAAUUGCAGUUCUCAAAGUAAGUUUGUUCGUUGCCCUGUUAAUUUAUUUAUGCAGUAGGUUUUAAGUUGUAAGUAUCUCUAGUAUAAUAAUGAACCAUUACCCCCCUUGUAACUAUAAGGCAGAGCAGAAUAUUUUUAUUAUCAUUUAAAUUGUUAAUAUAGUUAUGUGUUAAUAACCAAAGUGCAGUGUACAUACACUGUUUGACUGCCCCAAGUGUACAUUAAAUGGACAAUACUUCAGAGAAACCUGUCCUUUUCUGUCGCGUCAUUUCUGUUAAUUUCACGUUCUUUCAUGGCAGUUUUUAGUUGAUCUGUUGAUAACUGUAAAAUUCCCGCAUAAACUUAGUAACGAAGGGAAUGUAAAAUGCGACGUGAAAUGUUUCUAGGUUUUCUGUGUUAACGAUUUCAUUCUUCCGUAUUACCACGUUUUUUGACGUUGUUAUUGUCUCGAAACCACUAAAAAACAUUUCACUUCUCAUUGUUUUAAUUAUUAUUGACAAAUUGCUCUGUGUUAUUUUAGGGAGAGAAAUAGAAAAGUGUUUGUUUUUUAUAUCUAAUAGGAAUAACUAAAAAAAAAUUAAUAAAAUUUUGAUUAAAAAUGUAAUGCCAGUUUAUUUUCUGUUCUGAAUAGAUAUGUAGUAUUGUGA